AUGGUCACCUGCGAAGCCCCGGUCCAAGGCAUCGUCGGGGCAUACACGGGCAACAGCUUUGCCGUGCAAGCCUCGACCGCCAGCCUGCUAGGCUGCGCUCUGUACAGCGCCAUCGAGUUGAUCGUCUUGGUCUUCUCAAUAUUCCAAAAAUACACUGGUCUUUAUUUCUGGAGUCUCCUGGUGUCAGCCUCGCUAGGGGUCAUCCCCGACGCGAUCGGGCUGCUCCUGAAAUACUUCGACCUCGCACCCAUUUGGCUUCCUGUCACGCUCUCAACGUUCGGGUGGUGCAUCAUGGUGACUGGGCAGUCCCUAGUGCUAUAUUCACGACUUCAUCUCGUCCUCUUUGACAGAAGAAUACUCCACUUCGUGCUAGCCAUGAUCAUCUUUGACGCGAUUGUUCUGCAAACUCCCCAGAUCAUCGCCUCGUACGGCGCAGUAUACGUCUGCCAUCUACACUUUCAAAGCUUCUUCCACACGUGGGAAAGAGUGCAGCUUACGGUGUUCUGCGUGCAAGAGAUUACCAUCUCAACGUUUUUUAUUGUCCAAACCGCCAAGUUGAUGCGCAUUUAUCCAACACAGAGCACUCGGAGGGCGAAUAUUCUGUACCAACUGUUGACGAUUAACUUGAUCAUUAUCAUAAUGGAUAUCGCUUUAUUGGCUUUGGAGUUUACGGGGUAUUUCAUCACGCAGACGGUGCUCAAAUGCUUCUUCUAUACGAUUAGUCUGAAGCUGGAGAUUGCGGUGUUGACGCGGUUGGCAUCGUUUGUGCGGGCUCAUUAUCCGGGGGAAUGCUCGGGAUUGAGCUAG